ACGACUGUCAAAACCGUUAUUGGAGGGAACAAACAGAGUGAAGCCAAAGAGCUCAAAGAGCUGUUUUUUAUCAAUUAAUCAGUUAAAUAAAACUAAUAUUAUGUUAUUAGUGCUCUAAAAACAAUAAUUUGUGAAAUAUUUUCAAUAGUACGUUAUCAACUUAAAGAAGAAACUUCAAUUUCAGUCAUGUUUUUCCAAGUAAAUGUCACUCCUAAAGAAAAGAAGACUGAGUCUUCUAGAGUUGAUGUUAAACCGAUUAAAGAUUUUCAUAUAACUUUGGCUCCAUUCCAACCGCAGACUCGAAUUUCUAUGGAAACUCCCGUAAAUUCCCAAAUAGAAUGUUUUUUGCACGUUAAUAAUACUGGAAAUCGUUCUCUAAAUGUAAAUGUAACAAAAAGACCUCCGCCGGAACGGAACGUGGAUCUAAGUUUCACUAAUGCAAUGAUUGAAGCAAACAGUGAAAUAACUUUAGGAAUAACUUGGUCUCCUGCAGAAGCCGGUUCAUGGCGUGAAGUUCUCCAACUCACCGAUGGUCGUCGUGUAAAAUACGAAAUUCCUCUCGUGAUGCAAGCUCCAGAUCUACGUAAAAAAGAUCAAAAAUCACGUCGCGCCGCUAGGAAGCCCCUCAUUCAAAAAUCAAAUACAACUCAACAAUCGUAUCCAUCUAAAAAUGUAAUGAUUCAUCAAAAAGAAGAUUGUCAAUUAAAGACAUUUGACAAAAAUCCAUUGCAAUCAAGAAUUAAAAGAACAAGAAUCGAUUCCUAUCUCGAUGAGCCCGACAAGGAGAAUAUAGCAAAAGUUAAUGAAAAUUUCAACGAACUAACAAUAAUGAACGAAAUGAAAAAGCAACGUAAAGAAUUUUUAAAUGCCACCGCAAUAAUAUCAACCGAUGAUUUUGCAUUGACACCCGUGAAAUUUAAUAAAGAAAAUACUCAAAUAACACAAAUUUCCCAAACUAAUAACGUGAAAUUUUCAAUGGCGAAGCAAAGUAAGGAAUAUAAUUUUUCGCCUCAGGAAAGUUUUGUGAUAAUGGAAGAACGAAUUGAAAUGAAAACGUUACGUCGUGAAACUUAUGUGAAAACACCGAAAUAUCGUGAUAUGAUCACAAUUGAAGAACAUGACGAGAGUACAGAAGUUUUUGAUGAUUCUCUAUCACCCACCAUUGAAGAGAAAUUCAAUUUUUCUGGUAUUAUCGACAAUAUUAAUUUCACACCAAAAGAUAAUGUUUUUGAAUUAUCGCCAGACUGUGAAAAAUUAUCCGAUUCUGAUAGCAAAGCAAAUACAACGUUCGAAAUUGUGGAAAUGAACGACGAGAAAAUUAUCCUUCCACCCUCGCCGAUAAGAAAACCGUCAACUUUUUUGAAACCAACGCGAUUAGCUAAUAAUUUCGAGGCAUUAACACCAAUACAACCGGCACCAAAACGAAAAGUUGAAUUCGCCUCCUCUUCACUACUCUCAAUGGACUGUUCAAAUUUUGCCGAGACACCGCGUCGAUGCGGCAAUACAUCGUAUCGUGAUUUAGAUACAAGCACCGUUAAGGAUAUUCUCGAAGCUGACAUGUGGGUGAAACCCGAACACAUCGUUCCCGUUCGUCGGGAAAAACGAAAGGAAAAUUUGAAUGACACUUUUGAACUCGAUCCGAAGACUGUUCUUGAAAUUUCCCCACCUAAAAAGUGUUCAAUUUCGAAGAGUUGUACGUUGGAGAUUUCACCUCCGAAAUCGAGAUUUUCUAGACAAUUGAGUCCACGGAAACGAAUCGCAAAGAGAAUUUCCCCGACGAAAAGUGGAAAAAUAGUGAAAAAUCACGAGACAUCGGUGAAGAAGAAGCAACUUAGUAAUUCCUUUAAAACGUACAAAACGUACAAAAAUCCAAUACCUGGAGUGAAGAUUGCAAAUCUCUCCCUCUCGGGAAUUAGUAGAAAAAAAUUAAAUCAAUCUUUGAGUAUCUUGAAGGAAACUAGUGUCAAGCUUCACGAUCCCAACGAUUUUGUCACGAAAUUUUGCAAUCCGGAUCCGUUCGCAGCAACAAUGACAGAAGAUCCCUUUCUGUCCAGUACUCUAUACUACGAUGAGAAAUGGGUUCAUCACCAGGAAAUCGAAUUCAAAAAAUGGUUAAACACAUUGAUGACACCGCCCGAGCAUUUGAAUGCAGACAUCGAUUCAAAUUUGGUCGACAUCGGAAAAGUGUGGCAAUCGUCAAGAAUGCAGGAGGAAUGUGUUUUGGCAGAAUCGAAGGAAUCAAUUUCAGCGCGUAUUCACACGGACUCAAGACUAAAUACCCUGAGAAAAGCCGCUUUCAUGAUGUUCCGCAAUCCCGAAGUCUCGAAUAUUCUCUCGCGAACGACUGUUUGUGUCGAGAAGGGAAUCCUCGUCGUAAGACAAGAUAGAGAUCUCCAUCGUGACAUUGGCUUACAAAAAGGAAUCCUGGAACUUUUUCUCAGCUACAAUCCCCUCUGGUUGAGAAUUGGUCUCGAGACCGUUUACGGCGAAACAAUUCCCCUUCGUUCAAAUAACGAUCUCAUUGGACUUACUCGCUUCCUCUUGAACCGAUUUUUCUCCGAUCAGUUUAUCGUCAAGCAGCAUUCACACCCGACUGUGGUUGGAAUGAAACUUGCCACUUUCACUCAGAGUAUGAAUAAAUUCAUGCUGAAGAAAUUCCUUCUUCUUGUCUUCUUUCUCGAUUUUGCCAAAUCGAACAAAUUAAUAGGCCACGAUCCUUGCUUGUUCCACAAAAAAGCCCCGCACAAGGAGAGUCGUUCAAUUCUUCUUUCAUUUUCCCGUGAAGUUUUGAGUGGAAUCGGCGACAUCACGAAAGUGCUGAAAGCCUACGGUUAUAUUGUCAGUUACAAGCAGACGUAUCUCGAUGAAUUUGAUUACGCCGUCAAGGACAUGUCUUCGGAUCUGAGGGACGGUGUUCGUCUCUGCCGAGCAAUGGAGCUAAUCACCGGUAAUCGGAAUCUAACCUGUCAAUGUCGAGUUCCAUCAAUUUCCCGUCUUCAGAAAAUUCACAACGUGAAUAUCGCUCUUAAAGCUCUUCUCGACUCGGGAUACACGCUCACUGGCGAAAUCGAUGCAAAAAGCAUCUCCGAUGGUCAUCGCGAGAAAACUCUCUCCCUUCUCUGGCAGAUUAUCUACAAAUUCCAAAAACCAAGAUUCGAGAAAGCGGCAAGAACGCUGCAAAAUUGGUGGCGUUCAAAGUUGUGGUACGUUAGAGUGAAGAAUUUAUUGAGGAAUCGAAAAAUAAUGGCUGCUUGUUGUAUUCAACGGAGUUGGCGAUGCUAUAAGGCGAGAAAAAUUCUUGGGCAACUUCGCAUCGAGCACCGGAUGGAAAUGAAAAUUAAGAAGGAAGCAAUUAAAACGAUUCAAAACUACUGGUUGGUACGACUCGAGGGCAAACGGCAAAGGAACCAUUUCCUUGUGAUGCGAAAAUCGGCAUUGAAAAUACAAAACUGGUGGCGAAGGUGUCGAGAAACUAGAGAGUACGUCAGGGAUCUGGAGGAAAAGAAAGCAGCCGUUGUUCUCAUUCAGAAAAAAUGGAGAUCGUACAAAAAGAUGGAGAGACAACGUUCCGAUUAUCUUCGACUACGUUCCGCUUGUUUGACAAUUCAGUGUUUGUAUCGCGCCAAAUUGAGUGGACGAAAAGAGCGAGAAACUUGGCAAACAGUCAAAAAAUCGACCUUGGUGAUACAGCGACGCUAUCGUGCUUUGAAAGCAAUGCAAAGGGAACGAGAACAAUACAUCAAAAUUCUGGAAACGGCGACAAAAAUCCAAAAGUGGUGGCGAUCGAUCCUGUUGGUUAAAAAAGACCACAACGCUUUCUUACUGAAAAAAUACGCUGUUCGAAUACUCGAAAAAAAAUGGUUGGAGAAAAAGUACAUUAGUCCCGAGCGUCAAGAAUUUCUCGACAAAAAAAGAAGCGUCGCUAUCAUUAAAAACUGCUGGCAAAGAUAUCGUCAGACGAAAGUUUACGUUCGAGGGUUACAAACCCGCAGACGGUCGAUUAUUCUCCUACAAACCUGGUGGCGAACUCUGGUCGCACUUCGCAGCUAUCGUCGGAAAAGAACCUCGGUCAUCAAGAUUCAAAAUUGGUACCGCUCUCUAAAAGUUGCCAAACAGUUGCAAUCGGAGUACGGCGAGAAAAAGGCAGCUAUUUUGAUACUUCAGAAAAAUUGGCGAAUGACGAUCGCAAAACGAAACUACUGGCAAAUGAAAUCAUCAGUUCUGAUCAUCGAGGAAUGGUACGAGAAUAUUUUACUCACCCGCUCGGUACGGACCGCCUACCUCGAGAAGAAGCGAAAAGUCCAAUUAAUCGAAUCAUGGUGGUUGGGGAACAAGAAAAGGGACGAAGAACGUAGAAAUUAUCUGCAACUGAAAGAAAAAGUUCUCUGGAUCCAAGAACAAUGGCGUGGGAAAAGGUUGAUGACAGCCGUCCGUGAGGUUUACGAAAGGAAAAAAUCCUCCACGAUUCUUAUACAGUCCUACUUCAGAAUGUGGAGACAGCGAAAAAUAUUCGAGGAACUCGUAAAGAAAGAGAGAAAAGCGAUAAUUAUCCAAAAGUACUGGCGACGUUUCUCAGCUCGAAAACAUUAUCAAAAACUUCGAGAAACCGUGAUUUUGGUGCAGAAACUCCGGAGGCAGAAAGUAGCAAGCGAAAAAAUUCGUAGAGACUAUUUGCAGUUGAGGAAGACGACUAUUUAUCUCCAAAGACUCGUACGAGAGAAACGAAGGGAGAAUCGAAAAAAACUCCUAGAAGCUUGCUUGUGUAUUCAAAAACACUGGCGAAGUCGCAAAAUCGGAGAAAAAGUACGCAGGGAAUAUGAGACGAAACGAAAGUGUAUAAUUCUCCUUCAAUCGAUUUGGAGAAUGAGGCGAGCGAAGAGAACCUACGAAUCAAAACUGGAAACAAUUGUUCGAAUCCAAAGACAGUGGAGAUCGAAGCUACAGACCCGGAGGUUGCGGAAAGAAUACGAAACUACGAAACAAGCGACGAUUUUAAUUCAAAGACGUUAUAGGGAGACAAAAUUGAGCCGAGCUACCAGAGAGGAAUUUCUCCUCUAUCGACGUUCCGUAAUUAAAAUCCAAUCAAUCUGGAGAAUGAAGAUCGCAACUCGAAACUAUAGGAAGUUGAUAAGCACAAUAUGCACGAUUCAAUUACACCGGAGAUCGAAAAUCGAAACCAGAAAAUGCAGAGAAAAUUACCAGCGACUACGAACUGCGACAAUCACAAUUCAACGAUUCUACAGAGCUUGGAAAAUGAGCAAAAUCCAAAGAUCAAAAUUCCUGACAACUAGAGACUCGAUUCUUCGAAUACAACAAAAAUGGAGAGCGACGAUUUUCGCCAAAAAAAUCCGUCAUGAUUUCCUUCGUCAAAAAACCGCCUCUGUACUCAUACAAACCUGGUGGAGAUCUUUAGAAAAAAUGCAAACAACUAGAAACUUGUACCUCAGAACAAGAACUACGAUCGUAAAACUACAGAGGAGAUAUCGAGCAAAUGUUCAAGGGAGAAUUGAGAGGGAAAAUUAUUUGCAACUGAGAAGAAGAAUUAUAGUUCUACAAAAUUGUUGGCGAUCGGUAUUGGCCGAGAGAAGGGAACGUGAAAUUGAGGCAAGAAGAAGAUGUGCUGUGGAAAUUAUUGAAAAUUGGUGGUUGAGCGUUGGGGAGAUGAGAAAAAUUUAUCAGGCUGAGAGAGAGGAGAGGAGGAGAUUAAAUUGUGCUGCGAGGAAGAUACAGGCAUUAUGGAGAGGUUAUUGUGUGAGACGAAAGAAUACGGCGAGAAUGUCGGAGCUGAGAAUAAGAACUGAAAAUGCAGCGAAACAAGCAAUUCCUGCUGAAACAUUGGCUAAUCGUCUUGAGGAUUCGAUCAACGUUUUCUUAUUUUCCAAUGAUUUGGGACGAUUGUCGAUGUGUCUUUCUUCACUGGAUGUUAUAACUCGUUUGUCGCCAAACGGCUGCAUCACAGUCUGCAAAGUUGGAUUAGUGGAUAGAAUUUACAUGACAUUGGUCCGAUCAAAUAGAUCUGUUCCUUGGAUGGAUGCCUGCACAAGAGCAACUAGUAUUUUAGUAACUCUGGCAAAAUACCCACCAACGAAACCCUAUAUACUCAAGGAAGAUUAUAUUGAAACAUUAACGAGAUUUUUGACCGUAACUGUCGAGAAGGAAGUUCCAUUAUUUUUACAUCUUUCGACAUUAAUUUGGGUUCUAAUCGAAGAUCCCGAUUACGCAGAGGCAAUUUUAAGCGAUUCACGAUCAAUUUGGCUGUUGAAUUCAGUGUACAGCACGAUUACAAAGAAAAAGCCAAAAACUCCCCAACCGUCAUCGAAAAUAAAGGACGAAGUGAUGCCAAAUUCAAAACCGGAUUGGGGAUUAAGACAGAAACAACCACGAUUAUUUGUCAAUGCCCUUCAUGCGAUAACUUCCAUUCUACGACGUUUAAACGAGCACAAAGAAAAUAGAGAGUAAGAAUUAUAUUUCAAAUAAUUUUUAUGUACGAAUAGAACAAUUAUUUUGCUAACAAAAGACAUUAAGAUUGUUAUCUUAAAGUUUUAAAUCAAUAUCUUUUGUGUAGUCUUACUUCCUUAAUGGUUUUUUUUAUCUUCUUUUUUUUUACUACAAUUACAUCUUUUUACUAAAUAUUUUUUAAACUAUAAAAAUACAUUUUAUGUUCAUUGUUUUUUAUUUGAUGUGAUUUAGCAAAAUAAUUUUUGCGU